GGGGGCGGGACGGCAAGGUCUCGCUUGAGCGCACUUUUUUUCCUGUGGCUCCCGCCGUCAAAACAAUCGGCGACGAGCUGGUGCUGGUGCUGGGCGCUCGAGCUGCGGCGGUUAAAAUUCAAACUGCUCCAUUCUUCGGCUGGCGUGCGCCCGCGAGCCAGUCAGCCGGACCGGCCGCUCCGUUCCCUCGGUCUGUGACGGGAUCCUCUUGGAUAUAAGCCGGCGUGCAGAGGAAGAAAGACAACCCGUGACAUUUGGCGCGGGUGCUGGGUUCUGUGUGUGCGCGCUUGGGGAGGCGAUUUGCUUGGGAUUAGCCCGCCCUUCCAAGCCUCGGCCGACCGGCCUCUGGCUCUCUUUGUGUGUGUGGGGGCCGGUGUGUGAUGGAGGACCAGUCCCGGCUGCUGCAGCCUCACCCCGGGGUGGCUCUGGCGGUGCACUCGCUGCCCCCUCACUCUCAAGCGGAUGGAGGCGACCCCGAGGGUCGGAAACAGGACAUCGGCGACAUCCUGCAGCAGAUUAUGACCAUCACUGACCAGAGCCUGGACGAGGCGCAGGCCAGGAAACAUGCGUUAAACUGUCACAGGAUGAAACCAGCUCUUUUCAGCGUUUUGUGUGAAAUCAAAGAAAAAACAGUGCUGAGUAUUCGGGGUGUCCAAGAAGAGGAACCUCCAGAUCCACAGUUGAUGAGACUGGAUAACAUGCUUUUGGCAGAAGGAGUAUCUGGUCCUGAAAAGGGUGGAGGUUCAGCUGCAGCAGCCGCGGCAGCAGCGGCAUCUGGUGGAUCACCAAAUGACAAUUCCAUCGAGCACUCUGACUACAGAGCCAAACUUGCACAAAUCCGACAGAUUUACCACUCAGAGCUGGAGAAAUAUGAGCAGGCAUGUAGUGAAUUCACCACACACGUCAUGAACUUGCUUCGUGAACAAAGUCGGACCAGACCCAUUUCACCAAAGGAGAUUGAGCGCAUGGUUUCUAUUAUCCACCGCAAAUUCAGCUCUAUUCAGAUGCAGCUAAAGCAGAGUACAUGUGAAGCAGUGAUGAUCCUCAGAUCUCGAUUCCUUGAUGCAAGGCGAAAACGACGUAACUUCAGCAAGCAGGCUACAGAAGUCCUGAACGAGUAUUUCUACUCUCACCUGAGUAAUCCCUAUCCUAGUGAGGAAGCCAAAGAGGAACUGGCAAAGAAAUGUGGUAUCACAGUGUCACAGGUACAGCCUACUCUCCCAGCUUCAGCCUGGGACUCGCCUGCAGUCCACAUCCACAGAUAUCACUACACAUUUCCCUCAAGCCAGCUUGGAGAAACAAGCAAAACAACAAAUGUGUCGAAUUGGUUUGGUAAUAAACGAAUCAGGUAUAAGAAGAAUAUUGGAAAAUUCCAGGAGGAGGCCAAUCUUUAUGCAGCCAAAACGGCAGCAGAUGCCACAACUGUGGUAGCCCAGCAAGGGAGUCAGGCAAAUUCACCCUCCACACCCAAUUCAGGUUCUUCUGGUUCUUUUAACAUGCCAAACUCUGGAGACAUAUUCAUGAAUAUGCAGUCACUGAAUGGGGAUUCUUACCAGGGUUCUCAAGUUGGAGCUAACGUACAGUCACAGGUGGAUUCCCUGCGUCAUGUUAUACACCAGACAGGCGGCUACAGUGAUGAUAUAACAGGAAGCCAGAUGUACACCCCAAGGCGUAUAGAUGUUAAUGGCAGCUGGCAGGAUGCUGCUACCCCAUCUUCUGUGACUUCACCCACUGGAGGACCAGGCAGUGUCAACUCAGAUACCUCCAACUGAUGAGUUGUCAGUGGUCGUCUACUGCCCAUUACUUUUCACUUCACUAGGCCCAUUGGAUGAGAACGUGAUUCCAACUUGCUAUCAUUAGAAGGGUCUUUAGGAUACUUUCUCGGGUAGAAGCUCCCUGCCACCUGUAUGUAAAUAUAGUAUGACAAGAAAAGGUAUUUAUACAUUUUUCACACAAUUGAGUGCAGCCAAUUACCUCACUGUAAAACCCUUUUGAAACCAAUAGAGGAAUGCUUCCUGUUUAGGUUACAGUGCUUACACACUACCUCUCAGCAAUACACAAUUAGACAUUCCCAUCCUUUAGUCACCACAUACAUCUGUGAGUUUUAACUAUCUGUUCCCUUCAUUCUCUGUGUUGCAAUGCAGUUCAGCCUCACAGGUCAGUUGUAUUAGGAAAAGGUUAUUUCAAGUCUGAUGCAUGAAAAUAAAACCCACCUAUUACUGCUUUUCAAAGUUCCUGCUUCUAAAUGAGCAGCUGUUUAGCCGUGUUUUAAUAUAGGUUGACGUGACUGCAGAAACUGACAUUGAACCCUACACUGACCACGUGAUUGUGUUAGGGCAUGCAGGUCUAAUAAACUAAUGCAGACUGACUUGUUGUUUUCUGUUGACGUGUUAGUCUUAGUGUCUGACUAGAAAUUAGUACUAGUUUUAAGAGAUCAGCUCAAAAUCUGGCUAGAAAACAAAUUAUUUCUCAGGGCUGACCUUGGAUCAUUUCAUUUUCAAGCUUGGUAACAAUAGGAUAAAGGAUGUUUUACCAGUAGCACCAAUGUGUUACAGCGACAUGAACUUACACAUAGCCCCAGCCAAAUGGAUUGCUGUGUUCUAUACAAAAAAAAACAAUUUAAGGAUUGACCUCAGUUACUGUGUGGAAAGUCUCUGUUGGUGACUGGACCGACUUAAACCUAGUCUGCACUUGCCUGUGUGAUAAUGUUGAAGCAGUGAGGUAACAUUGUGCCUGCUGACAGCUGUUACUGUUCUGCACAGUGUGAAUGUUAACAAUGGCCAAAGCCCUUUAUUAACGUUUUCUUAAAACUGAGAUUAACAAUGAAAAAUAAAAUAAUCAUGAAUUUUGUUACUUAUUAUGACCUUAUGUACUCUGUAGUUCAAUUCCUUAGUUAUGCUUUAUCAAAAUCCUGCUUUUCUGGAGCCCCAGUUGGCAAUGCCUUUUGGGCAAACUCCUGUUUAUCAAAAUGGCAAACCUAUCGACUUGUUUCAAAUUGGGGGUGGGACGGGUAGAAUUAUUGGAAUAACAAAAUAAAACUUGGCUGCCUAUAUAUAAUCAGAGUUAACAGCAGGAGACAAAUCUAUCAUACAAACGGGACAUAGAAAGUCUACCAUUACCAACUAAAAUUUGUUUGUAAGUUUGGAAAAUUACUUUGGUAAAGUACAGUAGGGAUGUUUUCAUUUGAAUUUUAUAAAUGUCAGCACAGACCGUCAAAAAGUAACAUGAUAUCUUUUUGCAAAUGUGGAGUUGUAACAUUCCCGAGUAUCUCCUCCUUUUGGUGGUCGCCUUCUGUGUGCAAUUAGUGUCUAUCCAAAUCUACACUGCCUGUACCAAAAAUCUCCAUUAACACAGACGCUAACAAAAAGUACACGUGGUUCAGCUUUACUAACUUUUUUUAAUCUUACGUUUCUGACGUUCUGUAUCUUGAUGGUUGUGAUGUUUGAACUUUUGAAAUUUGAUGUUAUUGUACAAAUUCUGAAUCCCAAAGGUAAUUUUUACUUAGUGAACAUGCUGAUUCAUUACUGUAACUGUAAAGGAAUGACUGGUUGAAGUUCAAGAGGGCUCUGUCCCAGGAAACUUCCUCGUCUCUUUUUAGAACAGUGUAUGGAGGCAGUUUUCUGUUUGCUGCAGGACUCCUCCCUGCCCCUGAAUGUGACAUGUUUUGCUAUGAAUGUAUUCAGUCUCACGAAGCUUUAGGUCGGCAUUACUGCGCGCAUUGGUCCGAAGUGAUCUGCAGAUUUGGAUUUAAAAGUUGACAACAGACUACUGAAGUUCUGUGUGCAAGAUGCCAAAACUGCAGGACAGCCGACUGAAAAGGAGCGGGAAAUCCAGGAUUACUGGGAGACCAGCAAAAAAAACCACAGCCAGUCACUCCCGUUUAAACAUUCAAGCAUUUAAGAUAGUCUCCUGCAUAUUACUUUUAAAUUAGAAGUGCUUUUUAUCAGUUUUCAUGUAAUUUUCAAUGCAGAAGGUUUGUACAAAUUGGAUGGAAAUCUUCCUGAUGUGCGAACUUUAGCCUUCAGACAAGCUGCUAUUACAGUCGAUGACCACAGGAGGCAGCCAGCACUCCCAACUCGGCACUGAUCACUUUUAAACCACGCUGCAAGAUGCUGUUCACCCACUGUACUAAAACAACACAAAUGUUAAAAUCACUGUGUGCUGCACACGUCCUGUUAAAUGUUUCAAAUUAAUGUCUAAUAUGGUGGCGUGCCCUCUCCAACCUGUCUGCCGUUUUCCGAAAAUGUCAUCCAGUCCCGAAGGUUUGAUUUCAGUGUAAGAAUGAAGCUGUGUAAAAAGCUGUGACUGUGAUCCACUAGGAUACAUCAUUUUCCAAUGCCAAAUACAAGUGAUUUCUGUUUGUAGAGACGGAAAGCGAUGGAGGUAAGGGGUACAUAAAACAUUUAACAAAUAACAGGCCUAAUCAGUGGCAUUUCAUUAUCAACACAGGUUUCAAUUUUUCAAUCAAGUUGAAGUUUUAGCAAUAUUUUGGCAGAGGGUGUUUUUCUCAGUGGAAUUUCACCAACUGACCAUUUUCUAACUUUGUAACCUGGGCCUGGGAAGGGUGGUAACAUUCAGUCCACUGGGAUAAUAAAUACGAGACAUGUUUUUAUGUUAUAUUUUCACCUGAAAGUCUAUUCCCACUCACCCACCCCAAAAAAACUUUUUCCCCAGUACACAGAACCUCUCGUUGGGUAACAACAAAGCUCAAUUUAUAUAUAUUAUAUACAUUCAGAAACAAUUUCCUGCGGCAAGCUACCAUCUAAAGUGUCAGUGUUCUGGAAAAAUAAGACUAACUAAAGUAUCAGUAUCUUCUGGUAGUAAUAGAAUAGUGGUCUGAGACAAGCAGAAUCAGAUAUCUGUUUAAAUAGAAUUCUAUUGUAAACUUUUAAUUUAAAAACAACACUUAAAAUUUACACUUCUGGUGUAACUGCAAGCACGGUGGGUUAGUUUUCAGUUACUGACUGGAAUGGAUUCAUGCCUUCACAAAACAUUUUUUCCAUUCCAUUUCCUUUAAAGCCAUGUUGUUACAGCUCGAUAGUAAUUUGGAGAAAAACCAUGUUGAGGAAGAGUGUAUUGCAUUUUUAUUUGUAUGGUUAACAUGAAACAGAAUAAAAUGUUCCUUUUGCCACAAACCAGA